GCUGCAAACCCAGCACAACACAGCUUCCACCUUGAUUUUUCGAUGCCACUAGGAUGCCGAAUGAAGAAUGGGCCGCUCGAGAUACGUGCAGAAGAGCGGUGAGAUGUGUUGCUAUCCGUCGACUCCGUCUCUGUCCGAUCCCGAAAUGCAUCUGUCCAGAUCUUCCUGCUUCUCCAUGGCCAAACAACCUCACCUGAGGGCUUGUAGGGAGUGCUACUGAUUGGACCAAAUACUCUCUAUGAAACCUGAGCCAGGUAAUAAAUGAUUUGGUCGCCGCGUCCGAGUACUCAAUUGGUUGGCCCCACCCCGUCACACCGUGCGUCUGCCCACCUUGAUCGAGCCCAGUCGCCUGGUUCGAGCACGGAAGAGGCGGUCUUAGAUCACCGUCGAUUUCUCUCCCGUGGGGUUACUGCAAACGAGGUAGCCGAGUGCGUGGGCUGGUGUAACGAGGCACUGGUCACGGAAUUUGCUCUAUUUCAACCGCUCGCCACUAUACUCCCUGUUCACUCUUCACUUAACCAACAACGGCAUCUCAAAGACGGCCCUCAUAGCUCAGACGAGGAGAUCUGUCAUUGCUACUGUCUCUCUUUCUUCUGGGCCCGCGGCCGAAAUCCGCUCCGAACAAUCAACUUAGUCACAACGCGGCCGACGCCCGUCUCCGUCAGUCGACAUCACUUGUAUGAUCAGACAAGGUCCCGAAAAUACAGGCGCAGCUGGAUCUUCGACAGUUAUGUCAAGUGUAAUGCAUGUCAACGGGCGGAAGUAUGCCCUAUUCGUCUCCCAGGCCGGCGAGGCGGACAGCUGUAUGCCAUCCGCGAUAGAUAAGAACCAAUUGCAUGCUAUAGGGAAAGAUUUAAUUGUAGUGCAACCUGAUGUAUACCCAGGGAACUCUUAGAGCUCAAACAUCAACGGACGUCGGAGAUGUCGCUGUCACCGCGGCUAUCUGCACAAUAUGGCUCAAUGCGGGGUUAAGGAAGAUGCCAUCAUGCGUCCGAUUGCAUUGGCUG